CGUGUUUUUACCUACAGAAAUGCUUCACCUACUGCUUUAUGUGUUAGUUCUUUAUUGAAAUGCUUUACAAAUUUGCAGGUACAUUUCUGAAUUCGCGUCGGUUCACUUCUAUCUUGCUCAACAGUUGAUUUAAAAACGUAAAAGGACCUCUGUUAACGACCGAACACCAACCAUGUCUGGGUCAAAUGCCUGGACUCGCAGUCGAGAGAGAAUGAGACUUUUCCCCGAACUUUUUGCACAGUGCGCAGGAGAGGCGGCGGCGUAUGGGAAGUGUGUGGCUGCUAGCACAACAGGCAGACAGGAGCUAAGGAAGGACAUGUGUGCCAAGGAAUUUGAAGCACUGAAGACCUGCUUCACAAAUGCAGCCAAGAGAAAAGCCAAAUGAAAAGCCAACUGGGGCUUUGUUAGAACGGAAAACUCAGUGGACCGACCUCAAAGGUGAAAAGGGAAGAGGUUCUAAGUGUUGUUCGACUUUUUGACAGCACCAUAUUGUUUCAUCUUGAUGACCACACUUCCUCUACUUGGCACUGGUUAAUGGACUGAAUAUGUAUGUGUUGAAAAAUGAAGACUCUACAUGUUGCAAUUGAGACUACAUGUUGCAAUUGAGCAAAACCAUGAACUACUGCUACAUUCUUGAACAUGCAAGACUGAAUAAAAUAUAUACAGGGGUGAAUAAAACAUUCCUGAUAU